AUGAAUAUUCCUGUAUUUUCUACAAAAUAUUACAAUCAACUCCAGGAUCAAGUGUACGAAUGUUGUGAAAAAACAGCAGCCGAAUCGAUGCAAGAUGCUGCAGAAGAAGAAAAAAAAUUGGCUAUCGCAGAAGGUCGCACCAAAAAUGGCAUACCGGUAAAUGACGUUUACGUCGAUGCUUCUUGGUGUGCUAGAUCGUACGGAUCAAAUUAUAAAGCUGCUUCUGGAACUGCGGCAAUUAUCGGUAGAAGAACGGGUAAAAUAAUUUUUCUGGCUGUAAAAAAUAAAUACUGCCUCGUGUGCGCCCGUGCAGGAAACAAAAAUGUCGCUCCUAAGGAGCACAAUUGUUUCAAAAACUUCGAUGGUUCAUCGUGUUCUAUGGAGGGUCAAAUAAUUGCCGAGGGGUUCAAACUAUCCAUUUCCAUGUAUGGCAUAAUUUAUAAAAGAAUGAUUGCAGACGGAGACGCCUCGACAUACGCAAAAGUUUUGAAAGAAAAUCCAUAUAAAGACCAAAAUAUUACGGUGGAAAAAAUUGAGUGUAGAAAUCAUAUUUUGAGAAAUCUAUGCAAAAAAUUACGUAGUCUGGUUUCAGAAACAAAAUACCCUUUGGCUCACCGAAAAACUUUGACAGUUGUGAAAAUUAUGUCCAUGAGGAAAGCAAUAGUAAGGUCAGUUAUACACCAUAACAAAAAUCGAAAGGACAAUGCUAUAACUAUUCUUCACAGUGACAUAAUCAAUUCUGUGGUGCAUGCAUACGGCAAUCACAGAAUGUGCCAGGAUUAUAACUGUGACAAAGAAAAAGUUUAUAGCGACGAGCUGAAAACCAUUCAAAAUUCAACAUUUCUGUUCCGGAGGAAUUCGAUUAUUUCUAAUGUGGCAGCAAAAUCACGAAGUUUAAUAGAAAACGUGAAUACCAAUCUUGUCGAAUGUUUCAACAAUGUCAUUGCGAAGUUUAUAGGAGGAAAGCGAAUAAAUUUUGCCUUGAAACGAGGGUACCAAGGGAGGUGUAAUGCUGCAGUCGUAAAAUUUAAUGAAAAGUCAGCCAUAUCGCAUGUGCAAAACACAUUAACAAAAAAAAAUCGACCCGAAAUGGGAUUAACUGUAGUUGUGGAAAAGAAAAGGGAAGAAGCUCAGAAAAGAAAAAACAACUCAGAACGUCCAGUUAGAAAGAAAAUCAGGAAAUUGACAGACGCGAAACAAAAACAAAAUGACUAUGGCCCCGCCAGUUUAGAUCCGGAUAUGUCCCAGUCUGAACUAGAAGUAGCUAAAGAACAAUUUCUAAAAAAUUUAGAAACUCUUACUGCUGACAAGGAUGCAAUUGAGCGUAAUACAAUAUUACAAAGAGACAGUAGCGAAUGGUUAGAAAUUCGAAAAAAAUCUUAUUACUGCCUCUAA